UUGAGCGUUCAUACUUCAUCCAAUAAUGAUGAAAAUGGCAAGAAGCGCAUUCCCGAUGAUUGGCAGCCACGAUCAAAUAUUAAGAAGCUCUUCGAGCAAGGGAAGUUGUCAAUUAAUGCAUCGGAUGCUAUCACAGAAUUUUUCUCCAAGUUCAUUGUAGACGAAAAACUGGUGAAGAAUUACAUUGAGCACUUGUCGCAACUGCAAAGUGUCAAUGAGAUCCGUAAGCAAGAGCGAAGAAAAGAGAAGCAAGUUCGAGCCUUAAAAGAUGUGCAUUGCUAUGACUGGAAAACACUUGUAGAGAAGGGGGUGCUUGACACUCUGAAAGUCCCCAAGUUGGACAAAUACAUUGAGCAUAAUAAACUUAGCAAGAACGGAAAGAAAAUCGACAAAAUCAAGUGAAUCACAGUACACUAUUAUGAAACUUCAAAGGAAUCUACAUUUCCUUCAAGCGUCAGUGUUGGUGAGGACAGUGAUGAGAGUGACAGAGACAAUGACCUUGUUUUGUGUGAUGAAAGUGAAAGCGAAAGUGAAUCAGAUGAUGACAGUCAUACUGUAACAAUACAAGAAGGCACAUCAACAAGAAGUGGCCGCAGAGUAGGACACUGGUCCACAAGAUAUGCUGAUUUCGUUCAGUGA